AUAUGCAAAUUCUCAGGAUUAUACAUUAGUAAAGAAAAGAACUCGAAAGGAGCAUUAUGGUAAAUUAAAAAACAUGACUAUAUGUUGUGACAGAGGUGGUAUUUACAAUGAUUCUUUAAGCCCUAGUAAAGAAAUACAACAUAGACAAAGAAGCACUAAACUCAUUAACUGUCUUUAUGAAUUGUACACUGCUCAACAUAAUAGUCAAUGGCAUCUGGAAUUAAAAACUGUUGCAGAAAUGACAGCAGCUAGUUCCUGUUACAAAGAAAUUGUGUUGACUCUUUACCACAAUAAUACAUCAAUGUUAAUUAUAAAUAAAAAUAUUUAUAAUGCUCACAAACAGCUUUGUCAACAGAAUUAUGCUGGUCAUACUUCUAUUCAGAUGCUUGAUGCCUAUUCAACUCUUAAAGCUUAUUUACAAGUAUUAACAGAAGACCUUUAUCAGGUUCGUAUAACAAUUUCUCUAGUAGUAGCCAACCAAAAGAAAGAAAUUGAUGCAAUGAUUGCAUUAGAAUGUAUCCAUAUUCUACUUUUUGCACUCAAUAAUUUGUCAUAUAUGAAUAUUAGAGGAAAAAUUUCAAGUUUCACUUUUAAAAAAAUAAAUAAUCAGUAUCAAAAGGCAAACUGUGCAACAUCUCAAGAACCUCUGCCACCAUGCACUGGAUUUUUUUUAAAAACAAUAGGGCUUUCUUAUGCCCACAUUAUUAGCCUUUUAGAGAACAACUAG